AUGACGAAGACUAGGGUAUUCCUAUGCUUCGUAGUGAGCGUCUUGCUCACACUCAUUUCAAUCGCCGACACGCAAAGUACGCCGAGUUGUCCCGGAGUCCCCGACGGGACUCUUUACACCAACAGCGCUGGCACGCAAUACACUAUCUACUGCGACUCAAACUGGUCGGGCUUCCUCGACAUCGACUUCGACAUCACGAGUUUCGAUGAUUGCACAAAAUUUUGCGAUAGGACUCCUGGCUGCGAAGCGGCAUUAUGGGAUAGAUUCAGCGUUUGCUACGCUAAGCCGUCUGCCGGAGAAGAGUUUUCGGGCGACGGAUACUAUCUGGCACUGCGAUACUUCGCUCCAACCUCCACGGCAGCGGCGCAGAAGUCACCGAAGCACGACAUGCCAAGUCAACUCAGUGAUGCGGCGGGCAGUGAUGCGGCAAGCGCCAUGACGCAUGAGCAUCGCUGCUACUUCAAGGCUUCAUGUACGCCGACUACUACUAUCACCUCCGGGACUGUCACCACGACGACGCUCGCCCCUCCUUCGCCCAGAAGUACAGACAACUACGAGUCCAAGUCCAAGUCCGGCAACGACGUCCGGGCCGGAGACAAUGAGCAGUGCCACACCGACGACUUGAUACUCGGUGGUUGGAUCGUUGUUCAAAGCUCUCCUCACUCAGACAAGCAGCACGUCUACGGCGUCCAUGACAGAAUCAUUGAUUUCAGGAAUACCCUCGAACUUUACGGCAAAAUGGUAGUCGUCUGCGGCAUCUCAAAACCAAUAAUCAUCCGGACCGAUCGACCAAUCUUCCACUGUGCCAAUCGCUCCGGCAUACUCGACACUCGGCCGUCAAUCGUCUUCGCCUGGUGCCAGCCUGUCUCUUUCACACCGACUAGACCAUGCUCCUUCACGUCGAUACCUUCAUCGUAUCCAACGCCUGUCAGCCUGCCCUCUUCUGGCCCUGCCGAUCAGUUGUCCUCGUCGCCGAUCGGACAAUCUACCGCGACAAGCUCAAUUUCAUCCACUCUCCCAUCGAGCACCAUCUCGAUGCGCGCAAGCAACUCGUCGCCCGCCGACUCCUCAUCCGCCUCUCGGACAACCCUCGAACCACCCCUCCCCUUCUCAAGCACAACGACCACCCUAAUAUUCUCCCAAUCUCCCUCCUCAACCGCUCUCUGCCCUGAUCCUCCCCAAGCCGGCUACACCAGCCCUUCCAGCGGUACGACGUACAAUAUAUCAUGCGAUACCGCCUUGAACGGGACCAUAAUCCCCUCCCUUACCGCUCGCCAGUUGCCUACCGCCCUACAAACGCCUGAAAACUGUCCUGCAUCUUGCGACUCCAUACCGGAAUGCGUCGGCGUGAACCUCACACCCCAAGGGAGCUGUGUCCUCUUCAGCACCAUCACCGAGAGCGUGACAUCGCCUGGUUCUACCGCUUUGAUUAAAGUCAUUGCCAAUGGAGGAACGGCCGAGCCCGUGGGUACAAUCACGGUGUCGACCUUCUACUCCAGCGACGCUCUGUCCAUUCUCUGCAUCGCGCAAAAACUGCAGCAUCCGAGACAUCAUCCGAAGAUGACAGAUCAUUCCGUCAACCUCGCGACGAUCGAAGUGCUCCGCACUACCGCAGACCUCAUCAGCAGGAUAGAGAAGAUCAACGAGAACAAUGAAUUCUGCCUAGAAAUGGAGAUUUCACUCCUCAGGGCCGCCAUCCAAAGCGCGCAGAGUGCGUACCGCCUGAUGCAGAGCUCCACGAAACUUUUGAUUGAUGCUGUGAACAUUAUCGUCAUCAGCCCAGAAGAACUCCUGCGAGUUGAUGCAGAGUCUGCACGACUCAUCAGUGAGGCCGAGAUGCUUUACGGCUCGGCCCUGGCUUCUCCCCUUGUCCGAUUUGAGAUAGACGCCGUUGAAAGCAGGAUCGGUGCCGGUGAUGUCGCCCGCUUGACUGCGAGAAUGGAGGAUUGCAACAAGGCAUUCAUGGUUCACAAGGACGAGAAUCCUCGCCAACAGAGCAGCUUGGAGCAUUUCGAUGAGAUUGAGUCAUCGAUAUAUACUCUUAUUUGGCUGUUUGACGACUUGGAGGACUCCGGGAAGCAGGCUGAAUUGCCGACGGAGGGCUUCUUGUAA